UUUGCCUCUUUCCCCCCCCCCUCUCUCUCUCUACUCUCUUUCUCUCUCUUCUUCUCCGAUCUCUGCAACAAGCGAAUCUCCGAUCACAGAAAAAGCUCACUGAUCUGAGGUUCAAGUAAUACAAUUCCAUAUCUAACAUCUUCAUCCACCACAAGAUCAUAUAAACGUAUGCAGAUUUGAUCCCCAAAUUCCCAAUUGAAAUUCAGCCCCUUUUCAGAAAAACCUAAAUUGAGAAUCCCAAAUGUCGUGCUUGGCACUAUCUCUUCAGCCCACGAAUGGGCCCGACAUAUUGCUCCAAACCCGAGAAUGGUUUCCCCCUUCCCGCGCGCUGAUGGCGCUCUCCUCAUUCCGGCAAACCCGCCUCUCCUUCGCCAAGAGCCACCACCAAUCCGCCGCCGGAACCGGCCCCGACCCCGAUCCGUCCUCCGAUUCACUAGGCGACGAUCCCUUAGCGGCCUCCUCCGGCCAGCUAAUCGUCGGCGUCGAGUCACGCUACCGAGUCGUGUACCGACUCGUCAACUCAAUCUACGUCCUCGCCGUGACAACCAUCGACGAUUCCAACAACAAUGUGUUCGAGUGCAUCAACAUCGUCAACCAGGCGGUUUCGAUAGUGGUCACCGCCUGCCGCGGCGUGGAUGUAACCCCCGAGAAGCUGGGGAAAAAAUACGCUGAGAUUUACAUGGCUCUGGAUAUUGUUCUGAGGGGUGUUAGCAGCAUUAGGCUUGCUGCCAUGCUGGCAUCAAUGCACGGCGACGGCAUUGCCAAGAUGGUUCAUUCGGCAGUUCACACCGAGAGCAAGAUCCGAGGCGCCGACACCUGGGGUAACGUGGAGCCUCAUGCGGUGGACCACGAAGCCAGCGUGGGUGCGUUUUCGAACGCCUCGUUCGAGUUGCCCUCCGAGACUCUGCAGGCGGGCGACGAGGUGGCUGCCGCCACAUUCAGCCAGCAAGGCGCCGAGGAGAAAGAUUCGUUGGGCAAGGCCGACGAAACCGAGGCGGAGAAGGAUCCGUUUGCGGCCAGCGAUAGAAUCAACAAGCCGCCGGAAGAAUUGCUGAUCGAGGGAUUCAAGAAGGAUAAGGACUCCGGCCUUUCGGACAUGAGCAAGGCCCUCGCGGGACUUGAAAUUACCUCUUUGCCCCCAGCUGCAGCCACUGAAGCAACGCAGAUAACAGUUGACGGGUUUGAAGGGAGAUACGGUGGGGUUGAGUUUGGUACUGGUGGUUCGACUCUUAAGGACGAUUUCGAGGGACAUAAUAGUGCGUGGGGUGGUGGAUUGGAUGCAUCGGAGUUCGUGGGACCCAAGAAGGUUCCAAAGGAUCUAGGUCUUGGUGGUUUGGAAUUUAUAAAUACGAGCGAGCCUCCACCUGCAGCAGUGGCUAAAGGUGGCGACGCCGAUAAGAUUGUGGAUAUGCUGGUGCAGAAGACUCAAAUGAAGGGUCCGGAAAUGUACAUUGUGGAAGAGAUUAGUGCUGAGUUUAGGGAAUCUAUACUAGCUAGGGUUGGGUUGAAGGGGGUGGUGUACCUAAAGACAGUGCCUCCAAAACCCUCCUCGGAUAAUACGGAAACGGAGUUCUCGUUUAAGGUUGACGGCACAGCUGGCGUUAAGAGGUUUGUGGUGGAAAAUUCUAAAAUUAGCAGCCUUGGAAAUGGUUUGUUUCAUGUUAGGACACCUCCAUCGGACGAGCCUAUGCCGAUUAUGAAGUACAGCUUGCUGCCACGUAUGACUCCAUUGCCUAUAAGGGUUCGGCUUGUGAAGCGGCUGAGUGGGAUGUUGCUCUCGAUUAUGAUACAGUAUGCGUCGAAUCCCGACUUGCCCGUGCCUUUGAAUGAUGUGACUAUUAUUCUGAAACUGCCCGUGGACCCCACGCUGUUGAAAGUGUCGCCGAAAGCGGUGUGGAAUAGGUCCGAGAGGGAAUUGAAAUGGCAUAUUGAUGAGAUUCCGUUGAAGGGUAAUCCCGGUAGGUUGAGGGCGAGAUUGCCUUUGGAGAUUGACGAUGAUGAUGAUGGGUCGGAUCUUGAAAUUGUUGGUUACGUCAAGUUUUCUGCGAUAGGGAAGCAGUCUUUGUCCGGGAUUUGUCUAGGGCCAGCUUCUGAGGGGAAGACGGAUUUUUACGAGGUUGAUCACAGGUACGCGAGUGGGGUUUAUAUUUGCAAUUGAGUACGAAAAUUAUUGCCUCUUUUUUAAGUAGUGGAUUUGUACCAUUUUCUGUUUUUCUGUUGUGAUGAGUUUUGUGGUUUCGAAUGUUUUUUUUAGCGUACUUUGAGGUGUUCUAUGUACGGACGACUUAUUGUUUCUAUACGGAAAAUUUAUUUGUGCACUAUUUGGUCCUACUUAGGUGUGUGUGUAUGUAUAUUAUUAAACAGAGUUGUACUCUGUAACGAAGGUGAUAAAGUUCGUAAAUGAUUGGUUUUACAUU